AUGCAUAAUGAGCCCACCCUGCAGCCCGCGAGGGAGAAGUCACUCCCGAACACCACCGGCCCUGGUCCCGCUCCCACCACCACCACCGUCACCGUCGGCGCACCGUCCACUUCCCCCCUCGUCAACGGCAAUGGUGCCGUACCGGAAAACACUAACCGGACGCCACUGCACGAGGCAGCGUCCGCCGGGGACGAGGCGAAGGUGGAAGCCCUCCUGGCCGCCGGUGCCGAUCGAAACGCGAAGGAGUCGGUGCACGGGAAUAAUCCACUGCACGAAGCGGCCUGGAAGGGGUACAGUCGGUGUGUGAAGCUGCUGUGCGCCCUCCCCAAGACCGCCCCCGGGAAGCCCGCCGGCGGAAAGGGGCUGUCGAUCGAUCUCCUGAAGGACGCCACGAAAAUCAAACACGCCCUGCACGACACCAAGGGAGCGCUCCACAGUGCGCUGCUCGGAACUCGGAACUUCGGUGGCUUUUCCGCCCUCCACCUGGCCGCCCAGAACGGACACAACCAGAGCUGCCGGGAGAUCCUGCUCGCCGGCGCCGAUCCGGAUGUGCAGAACAACUAUGGUGAUACGCCGCUGCAUACCGCGUGCCGGUACGGACAUGCCGGGGCCAUCCGGAUCCUGCUGUCGGCCAAGUGUGACUUCGAGCGAAUCAACCUGAACGGCGACACGGCGUUGCACAUCGCGUGCGCCAUGGGACGCCGGAAGCUGACACGGAUUCUGCUGGAAGCGGGUUGCCGUCAAGACACCAAAAACGCUCAGGAUGAAACGGCACGGGACAUUGCGCAGCGCAAAAAUCUGGUCGAAAUCAUCAACAUCCUCAACACACCGGUCGAGCUGUCCCCGAGGCGGUCGCGCGAGCGUUCGAGCAGCAGCUCGCACCAGAAACAACCGAACCAACCGAAGGAACGCUCUGGCGGGAAGAAGGCUGGUCCGCAGGAGAAUGGUCGUCGGUCGCGGAGUAAAGAGGAACCCACCGCAGGUGGGGGUGGGCGCAAAUCGGGCCGAAGGAGUGCCUCCAACGAUGAAACGAAGGCUGGAGCGACGGCGGGAGCGGCGGCGGCUGCGGCGGAAGUAGACCCGAAGCACUGGUCGCCGUACGGUUGCCACUACUUUCCCGAUCCGCGCAACUUUCCCUCGCCCAAGCUCGAGACGCUGCCAAAGGAACCGCUCGGGAACGGCGAGCAGUACUUCCUCGAUCUGGCCGGCAACAUCCGGAAGGGCCCGGUCGGCGUGGGCAACACGUGCUACUGCGCCCCGUUCUUCCGGCAUCUGGAGCAGCGGAUGAACCAGAACCGGCGCAGCAUUCGCAAGUACGUGCACCGGGCGACGGAGAAGCUGGACAGCCGGAUGACGGCGCUAGCGAUGCGUACCGACGACCAGAUCGAGGAACUUACCAAAUCGAUGAUCGCGAACCGGGUGCAGUGCGAGAACAAGCGGCUCCAUCUGGAGCAGUGGCUGAAGCGAGGCAUUGCGGAACGAUCCACCACCACGGCGACGACCUCCGGCGCCGGUCCGCAUAACAGUAACAGCAACAGCAAGACCAAAAAGGACGAGGCGAACACGAACACGCUGACGCGCUGCCGCAGUCUCGAGCUGCUCGACGAUCACGACGACGCACACAACAUCGCCUCGGGCUCACUCAUCCUGGACGAUCAGCUCCUGAAGUGUUCCUCCACGCCCACCAAACAGAUGUUCUCGCGUAGCAUCGACUUCCUGGACGCAACGGCCGUGAUGGACGACGACCUGGUUGGGGACGAUGCGGCGGACCACGACAGUCGAAGGCAAUCGUCGACCCAUCGGCUUCUGCGAAACCAGCAGCACCGGCAGCAGCUGGAGAGCCACCUCCGGAUGCUGCAGUACUCGGGAGUGGCUGGAGGAGGAGGAGGAGGAAGAUCCACCGGCCAUCAGUCGGAUGCGCUUGAGAGUUCCACCAAUUCGAACGCGAAGAACCAUUCCGAGUCCGCCGAAACACCUCCGAUCCCUGAGUCACGACGAGCUCGAUCGUCAUCCAUUUCCGGGCGCGACAGUUACUCCUACUCCUCGGACACCAACAAGGACAACGAUCGGGAGAAGCAUCGGGGAGAACCCGUCGUAUUGUCGGGUCGCCGAGACAAGCGUCCGAUUGGUGGCGGCACGUCCUCCAACAACACGCCAUCUCCGGUGGGGAAAAGUGAAAAGGCCAAAGUGACCGAGCGGCUCGAGGAGCUGCUGAGCAAAACGAAGAAGAUCCUCGAACUUGAGAAGCUUACAAGCAAGGCUGCUGCUGGUGGUGGUGGACCAUCCCCACUGAUCGGAGGAGGAAGUGUCCCAACGGCAGCCGGCAGUCCGGCACCAGACAACCGGUACAUCCUCGCGUUGGACAAACUUCGGGACAUCCAUCACUACGAACCACCGACGAGUGGUGGUUCUGGGAAGUCUCGUACCAACUCCCGCGAGUCGCCACCCGGUGGCUACGACAUUGCGCAGGAGAUGGAGAAGAUAACGAAAUCCCUACUCCCGGCCGCACCAGUUUCGCCCGAGAUCGCGAAGGACAUCACAACGCGAAAAGAGCGUCCGACGGCCGUUUACCAGCUUGCCUAUAGACCAAGGCAGGGUUCCGCAACUCCCCUCUCAACGACCCCACUGUCCACAAUGUCCCCAAGCUCGUCGUUGCUCGGUGGCGGUCAGGGACAACGGUCGAACCGAGGUUCGCCACAUCUCGCUUCGACGAACUUUAUGGCGGAAGAACACACAACCGCACCAGCUCCCGAGGAAGCGGCCUCGAACGGCGGGGGAGUGCUCAUGAAUGGGUUCUACUCGAACAGUUGCUUUGACGACAUGAUGCCUAGUUCGUCCAACACAACGAUCAAAUCGGCUGCACCUCGUCAUCGUCCGCCGGAUCACUCCGACGAUGAAGACCAUGGUGGGGAGGAAGCGGAGGCAGGACCCGAAAGCGCACCGCAAGAGGAGGGAGACGAAGAAGAAGAAGACGAAGAAGUCGGUAGUGAUUCCGAUCGGUGCGAUCUGUCGGCGAUGGCAAACUUGGCCGAGCUGAAGGAACUGAAGAGUCGCAUCCUGAACGGAACCAACUGGCGCAGUCAGGUGCUGCAGAAGAGUGUCCAGGAGCUGCUGCGGGGAGCGGAGACGGGAGACAGUGGUCCGAUGCCUAUGCAGGCCGGCACCGAUGAUGAUCCGGCGACGGAAACGAACCGUGUUAGGUACAUCAUCUCGAAGCUACAGCAAAGCUGUUCCAUCGGCGAGGGGGAAACGGCGGCGGUGGGAACGAAUGUGCGAGUUACCGCCCACCAGGGACCACCCCCUCUGGCACAGUGCGAGGACUUUUCCGACAGCAGCGAAGAUGAUGAGGACGACGAUGACGACGACGACGAUGAUGAGGAAGACGAGGAUUGUGUCGAUGGACCGCCGAUGCCAAGGGAAGGAAUGGGAUCAAAUGGGCCUCAGAGCGUCCCCGAAAAGGCGGAACGGGGAAUCGCCACCGCCCGGAGUCUGAUUCAGAUGUACGAGCAAUCGACGGCCACCACGACCGUCCUUGUCAAUGGGGGGAAACACCAGGGAACCGGGAACGCCACGCUGCAUGUCAACUCGGUUCCGAAGGAUGCCUACUUCCACGAACUACCCGCGAGGAAGCACCUACCACCGCCGGAACUUUCGUCGAUGAUGGCCGACCCUUCCGCAAGCCACCCACUGUUGGCGUCCCGUGUGCACCAAACGGCACGUAGCCGGAAUCCACUUCCCUCGUAUCUGCUCCAAGAGGGCGAACUGUUUCACCAGCAGCAGCAGCAGCAUCAACAACCCCCAAGCAGUUCUCACUACUUCGAAGAGCCAGUCCUUCACCAUGGCAGUGCAUUCUCCAUGCCAUCGGAUGGGUUCUUGCCGCCGGUGGGUCUUCCUUCCUUCCACCACAGCCACCACCACCAGCAGGUCCAGAUCCAUCAUCCGCCAUCGUUGAACGACGAAGGGUUGCUCCCGGCGGAAAAGCUCCUAUCGGCAAGGAAGUUCAUCAACCCAUCGACGGUGUCGCUCGCCAGCACCGGAACUCCUUCGCCCGAGUUCCCGCUCUACCAUCAUCACAACAACCACCAUCACCAUCAGCAGGCGCAACCACAACAACAAAUGCCACCUCAGCAGCAGGUGAACCACCACGGGGCGAACCACGUCAUCGGUGGCCAUUCGCACGCCAUGAUGACGAUGAUGGCGUCAGCGGCGGCGGGAAGAAAGUCAGCCGACAACCUAUCGAACGACGACUCGGGAUACGUCAGUGGGAAAGUGAGCGAAAUUCACAUCCCAAGCGGUGGUGCCAGUCCACUCCUUACCGCGGCCGGAGGAUCAUCCAGUAACGUGCUCAUCAUCCCACCGCCCGCCUCCUCCUCACCGAAGCACUUUCUUCCCUUUGGCCACCAUCAUCAUCAUCAUCACUCGAACCCACUGAUGGCGCCGGCUUCAUUGCACCGGAACGGAGGACCUUCCCACUCGCCCCACGGCAGCAGUGUGGUGACGGCCAUCAUACCCCCACCGCACCCAUCCGUCCUGCUUCAUCCAACCGCAGGGCAGACACCGGCCCAACUGCACGCGGCCGUCGAGCAGAAGCAACAGACUCUCUACAAGCUGGGCGCAUCGAGUUUAGUCUAGCCUGCUGCGUCGUUUUUAUUUUUCUUUUUAGUUUUUGUACAGCCCAAGUGUAAGGAAGAAGAGAGAUAGUGUUAAUUUCUACCUAGCAUAGUAGGCUCUUUUAUCCUCCAUUUUAAAUUAUUAUCUUUCCUAGCCCUAAGACCCCUACCUACCCGUUGUGUAUAUCGUGUAUAGGAGAUCCUUUGUGCUACACCAACCUGUUAUUUGAAUGUGUUUUCUCGUUUUUUUUAAGAUAA